AUGGCUUCCCUCCCAGGUUAUUCGGCCUCUAGUCGGCCACAAUCAUCUGAUAAUAAUACUACCUCCACUACUCAACAGAACAGCGUAUCCACGAAUAUAACCAGCAGCGCUUCAUCAACGGAAUCAUUUGAAACUAGCGAUACCGUCCUGCUCAACGGCACCUCGGAUACCGCCACCGCCGGUGGCUCCCCGACGAGUCCGACCCUCGCCGAUGCGUCUGGUGAGGAACCACGCAGAUGUUGGAUUUGCUAUACAGAUGAGACCGAGGACUCUCCCCUCAAUUCACAAUGGCGCUCGCCAUGUCCUUGCGCCUUGACCGCCCACGAAGCUUGCCUGCUCGACUGGUUGGCGGAUCUCGAGAAUCCCCGAUCGCGGAGGCGCAACGGCCAUGACGCAAAGAUGCUGUGUCCGCAAUGCAAGACUGAAAUUAUCGUUUCCCGUCCCCGAAGCUAUAUUGUGGAUGUAGUGCGACUGGUUGAACGCCUCGCGGGUCGGAUGGUUCUUCCAGGAAUGGUAUUUACGUUGGGGGCAACCGUGUGGGCGGGGUGCUGUGCGCACGGAGUAUACUCGAUGUAUUUUGUCUUUGGGACAGACGAGGCUCGCCAGAUCUUGGAGGAAACGGCAGAUGGGGCAUGGAAUUCGGGGCUUAACCUGGGCUUGCCCCUCAUCCCGCUCGUGUUGAUCUUCUCGCGCACUCGGUAUGCAGAUGGUCUUCUCCCCGCCAUCCCCGUGAUGUUCUUUGCCACACAUCAACCCGGACAGGAGCUGGAGUUGGAUCUCUGGCCGCCCAGUGCGGCAGUCACGUUUGCCGCUCUUCCGUAUCUGAAAAGCUUUUACGGCAGUAUCUACGAGAGAAUGUUCGGCAAGUUGGAGCGGAGGUGGAUUGCGGAAGUACAACCGCGCCAGUCGGAUGUCAAUGAGUUUGAUGAUAAUGCGCCGCCCGAACAUCCCGAGCCAGACCCACCUAAUGAUGACAACGGUGUUCUGAUGGAGAUCGAUUUGGAGCUACGCAUGGGCAACGAAGAUGGGCCGCAGGGCUUGUUCGGCUUUAAUGGAGGAAAUGCGCAGGGUGGACAAGGGCAGAACCAGGGUGGAAACGGCCAACCCUUGGGCUUGGGACGACGGGAUGAGCUGGUAGCCGACACAAGCAGUCUGGCGGAUAUCAUCCUCGGAGCACUUGCGUUUCCCGCCAUAUCUGCGUCGAUGGGCGGGCUGUUGAAGUACCUCUUGCCAACUUCAUGGACGACGCCAUCUACUCUGGGAAAGGUCCGACCAGGACUGCUGCAGACCCGCUGGGGCCGGAGCGUAGUUGGCGGAUGUGCGUUUGUGCUAUUGAAGGAUGCGUUGGUUUUAUACUGUCGGUGGAAAUUGGCGCAGACACACCGACGCCGCAAGGUGCUGAACUACGAUCGUUCGAAGAAGCGGGUCGGGAAGGCUGGUAGUUGA